GUACUAUAGCAAAUGGUUCACUUGGCAGAGACUGCCAGCCUGAAGUUGGUAAAGUUUGUGAAUUCAGUUGCAAAGAUGGUUUCACAAAGACUGAACAAAAAACAUUCUGUACUAGAGAUGGAACUUGGCAUAAAUCAGCAAAUGGAUUUUGCAUUGAAACAAUGGUUACACCAGCACCAAAAGUAGAAGAUACUUUACCAAAGAAAGACGCCAUUAUUGCAAUAGUUGUUUGCGGCCUUAUUAUCGUCAUGCUGGCAAUACUCGCAGCUGUUCUUAUUUGCAGGAACAUGAGGAACAAACCAAGUCUCCUAAAAGACGAAGGAACAGCAUCUUACCAUAAAGGUCCAGCGAAAUCAGAGGAGAGCAGGGGUAUCAGCAGAGCAUCGAGUGUUAAUGAAAGCUACAUACGUCCAAAAUUGAAUGACACGACGGAGACUGGGCACAUCAAUCCCAUGUACAGCAGCACAGAGCCGUUACCUGCCGUAUCCCACUAUGAUCUGGCAAAAGACAAAAGCAAAAGCGUCAUGUCAUAUGAUCGCUGGAUGCAGGAAAGACAACACGAUUAUUAAACAAAUUAAAACCUUUACUGCAAAAAUUAUUGCUCGAAGAAAAACUAGCAUUACUUUUCUGUAUUUAGCUUAUCGCACUUUAUCCAAACAUGAAACAGCUACGAUUUAUACUCGCCUGAUGAGUGAAACACACUGGAUAGGUAGACAAAGAAUAGAUUUCCUAUAGAGAUAACAUUACAGCCUUUCAACAAAUAUUGUUAAAAGUUCUCUUUAAAAAAGUGCAACUGCAGUAAAACGGCCAUUAUAUACAUGUAUAGAAGUCAAACUAAAAACGUUUGAAAAUAGUUAGCAUACUAAUUUACACAUACUAUUAAAUAACAGAACAAUGUAAUAAUAAAGUAACGUAUUUCUGUUUUGGAACGAAAUUUUGUUUUAGUUUAAGGUUGCAGGAGCAAUGUCGUAUAAAUAAGUAGACAACACUACGGAAAGCUUUAUAUAAUCACAAGCUGAUGGUAUUUUUUUUGGUGUGUUGUCUUCUGCAAAGACAUUUCGUAUUGUUUUGGCUUGUCUUUUAUAUGAAUUUUCACGAGAAGUUUUGUGUUUUACAUACCAUACUUUUGUUACUAUUGCUUCAUAAGGGAUUCACCUUGUGUGUGGAUAACAUUUAUUGUAUGUACUUUGACAUUAGACCAUGGUAAGGGUUAAGAAUGAUUUUAAGUUGUAAACUUACCAGUGGUGCUUAUGCCAUUCAGUGCAUCUCUGUCUUCCUUUACUUGUUGUUUACGUUUAUUGUUGAUAUGUUUUCUCUGUUUGUUUAAUACCAUGUAUAUGUUAUCAUAAACAAGUAUGUGCACUGCUACGAUGUUUCAGUUUAUGGAGGAAGUGUACUUAGAAAGUGGCUCUUCCUGAUGUAUAUAUAACUUUGUUUCUUUUUUUAAGCUGUUAUCACAGUGCUUCUAAACAAAAACCAGCUAACAAAUUAUUAAUCAUGCUUAUUUGAAGCCCCUGAAAUUACCACUUUAAGGAUGAAUAUAUACUUAUCAAUAUAUUGCAAAUACUUUUAAUAUUGUUAUAGUAUGUUUAUAAAAUUCCGGACACGUGUUGCCAAAUGUUUUUUUUAAUAACAUGCAAUAAUAUCUGCACAAUCGAGAACUACAAUAAUACCAUUUCAUUUAAAAUAUCACAAAAAAUACACAUGACUGCUAUAUUUUCAUAAAACGGGCAGAUAACAUUUAAAAGGGUAUUGUGAUGUAAAUAUUAAAUUUCACUGAUGUAUCUUCAAAUGCUAAGCCAAACUUAAGUUUGAUUCUGUGAUAUCGCAGAAUAAAUGAGUCAAUUCGUUUAUGCCUGAUGACUAUAUUUGCUCACUUGUGUUUCUUCGACGUAUUAAAAUAGGGUCGGAAUUUAACAGGAAUAAGACUAUUAUAUAACGAAUAAAGCAAUAGAAUAAUACAUUAUCAUAAUUUGAUUUUUAUGACAUUUUUACAUGUUAUUAAAACACAUUCGUAUAAUUGUAUGAGACAUUCACUGCAGAAAUUUAUAGAUUUUGACAAAUGUUUGAGCGUUUAAAAAUUCAUUAAGUAUAUAAUUGUAUAGUUUGUUCAUAUAUUCAUCAUAUUCAUUUGCCAGUACAAUGCAGCAGUUUACCUUCGAAUUUGCCUUAUGGUUAGUACAUCGCAAUUCUUUUUCUAAUAGAUUUUUAUUUGUUUAGAUUUUGAGAUAAGUGCUUUUUGUGGUGAAUGCAUAUUUACACUCAAUAAGCCCUUGAAACGACUUUGUCAGGAUUAACCUUUAGUCUGCUAAAUUUCUAAAAUGAACUGGUCCAUCAUUCAAUUUGUGAGCAAUACCAUUUAUUAUUCAAAGGGGUGUUCACUGAAAAUUUACUUUUACUGACUGAAUAGCGAAACCAUGAUCUUGGUCUGCACUAGUCGCAAAGGCAAAAACACUUGCCGCCAUCAGGCUAAAGGUUAAUAUGUCAUGUACAAAAUCAAAACAAUAACCCUAUUAGAAUUGGCAUAAAGUGUUACAAUGCAGUAAAUAUAAGAACAGUUCAAAGGUAAAGUGCUACAAUGUAUACACUAUGUAUAUUUAGAUGUUUGAAGUCCCAACUAAUCCCGUCAGAUCAAAUCAAGGGGGAUAACCAAUUCAGGCAUAAGUGUUUAUAAGUAACCUCAUAUAAAUACAAUUAAUUGUAAUCUUAACACGUACCACAGCAAAUCACUUUUUGAGAUGAAUUAUUUCUAACAUGUUAUGAAGGACUAUAAUGUACAUCCUUCACAACAUCCACCAAAUAUUUGUCUGUUUUUAUGUGGAUUUCCUUUCAAGCUCAUCGCCACGACGUUCGAUCCCCAAUUGCUGUAAUAAAUGUGACGCAUUAUCGGUGGAUUGUUUCAGUCUUCUUUGUUUUAUAGGAAAACAAAUUUCGUGUUAGAAAAAACUGGACACACCAUGCGUAAAAUAGCAGCACUAAUAAUGAUAAAAAACAUAUGAUCAUUAGCAUUUUACUUUUCCUUGUAGAUUGUAGCUUCUUUCGUAGGUCUUUUUCAUCUUCUUUGAAGGCUGAUGCAACAGUUUGCACAUACAGAUAUGACUAACUGCUUUCUAUUUUCGUUAUCGACCAAAACAAUUUGCUCUUUAUAUUAUCAGUCUUAGUUGCACAAUGAUAGGAUGUUAUAACAUAAUUCAAACUUGCAUAAAACAUACUUUUAUCCAGUUCUUAAUACAGUCUUAAUUCUUAACAUGCUAAAGUUCUUAGGUCAAAAUAUAUUUAUAAAAUUACAUUUGCAGUAAAAAUUCUUGAAUAGGGAAAUUGGUUAAGAAAAGUAACGUUUGGCAAGUAUCCUGUUGAUAUGAAACACUAUAAAAAAAUCAGCAGUUCAAGUUAUUUAACAUACUCUCCAAAUACUUUAAAUCUCAAGUUCAUUAAUUCUUACCUUUUACUGCAUGUAUGAUUUACUAUAAAUAGUUAACAAAUACUGCACCACGGCAAUGAAAGAUACAAUAAACGAAAGCGGACCCAGUAACCCAAUUAUCGCUUUUAGCACGCCCAAUGUGAUAAAUGGAAUACAACACGAUUACGUUUACGUUUUUGCAUAAAAUAAAGUAAUCUAAACAGAAAUGGUGUGUCUAAAGAGGUUAUUGUUACUAAAACGUAUAUUAACACGAGAGCGUGGUCAAGCCAGUAAUCAUUUCAGAAUGGCCGUUUCCAUUCAUUAUGCGUAUGUUAACGAGAGUGUUUCAAUUUAUAACUUUAUAUGCAAUAUCAAUUUAUGCAUUAUUGUUACAUUAAUAUACUUAAUACAAAACAUUAUCUAUAUAAUUAUAAAAUCACAUUGUAAAUUUUUGUUGUAUGACUGUUUUUACACAUACAUUACAUGACAUUGUAGGGUAAUUUAUAUAAAUAUGACGAAAAAAGAACCUUUUAAUAGAUCAGCACGAAAUGUGGAUUAUGUUUUUUUGGAGUCAUAAUACAUGUAUAGUAUAUUUUGUAUUGACCUGCUGUCCAAAACCAAUAUUAAAGAUAUGUAUGAUACUUUUACGCAAAGAAUCAUAAGACUCGAUGAGUUAUUGGAUACAUGGUUUAUAUACAUGUAUAUGCUUAUAUUACAAUUUUCAGUGCUACAGGUGU